CCUGUUUACAUGAGGGGGGGCGCCGUGUUAGAUGUUGCGUUUUAAAACCCGGAAGUACUUAUUGAAGAGAGCGUCCUCAUUCACACAGCAAAUACUUGAGGCGUUACAAGAAUGAACCGCGGGAGUUUUCUGGUAAAGUGAGCGUUUGAAGUCAAACUGAGAGUAAAGUGUGGUGUGCGUAACAGACUGAAACUUUUUCACGCCGUUAAAGCUUUUCGUUUGAAGUUUGUAGCCCCGGCAAACAAUUCCGUCCUUAAGUUACUUCUUUUCCACUCACUCAAGUGAAUAACUGUACUUACCACUUUUUCAAAUUGAAGGUGCUUGGCCGACUCCGAGCGGUGACGUCACGGCAAGUCGGUGGUGUGUGUUAAAACAACAAACUAUUGAAUUGCUGUGAUUCACCGCCACGCCACCUGAUGUUACGAUGCUUGCCAAAUGAGCCUGCGGCCGCGUCGUCAUGACAUUUAGGCUCUAGUGAUGUCACCCGUCGGCGGGAACACAGGCACAGCGUCAGGAUGCUAACGUGCAGGUUAGCAUUUUGCUCCAAGGCGACAAAGUUCACCAAGAAAGCCACCGGUCGUCCUGACAGGCUUUCGAGGGCCAAAUAAAAUGAUGUGGCGGGCCUUGAGUUUGACACCUGCGCUCUAAGGAGACCAAAGUGUCUGAUACAUGCUCAGUGAAGCCCAAAGCGAGCUCCGGGGCCCCGUCUCUUCCUCCGUCUCCAAUGCAGACAUGGCCAUGGCUCCCCAAGGCAGAUCCAAAAGUUCAGCGCAGAGACCACAAAAGUGGCAUCCCCAAAGGGACACGAUCCAAAAGGCAAAAAAACAAGAUUGAAAGACAAGGGAGAAACACGUAGCACCACACUCUUGCAAGCAGCAGCCACCACAGCGGCGCCAUCUUGGAAAAAGCAAGAACGCAUCAGGAUAUUUCUGCUGAGACUAGUGGCCUGUAUUUGUCUAUACUCCAAGAUAAUGCCUGAUGAAGAGCCCUGGGUUGGAUCAUGGAGGCCCCACAGACCGCGAGGGCCCAUAGCUGCUCGCUAUGGCAGCCCGGGCCCAAAGUAUGCCCUCCCUUCGUUGACAGGAUCCAGUAAACACGAUCCAACCAAAAACAAAGCACCCAGUUACAGUUUUCGGGCCAGUUAUGACAUCGCCAAACAGGACAUCUCGCCCGGACCCAAACACCUCAUCCCCUCAAAUAUUACCAAAAACGGCCGAGACGGAGCCCGGGCCUUUUCAUUUGGCAGCCGUCCCAAAGACUUGGCACGUUUCCAAGUCCCUGCCCCCAAUCGCUAUCACCUGGAAACUGCAGACAAGUACACCUACAACUCUUCUCCUUCUUACACCUUGUCCGGGAGGUGGAAAGAAGUCAUACUCAGCAACCAGAAAACCCCCGGCCCAGCAUCCAACAGCCUGCCUCCUGUCAUCGGUCCAAAGACCGUCAAUAUCGCCGCAGCGCCUGCACACUCGCUUUACGGCCGCAGCAAAAACGGAAACUUUUUCGAAGACUACACAAAGACUCCAGGCCCUGCAGCGUAUGAAGCUGUGGACCCCAAGAUCUACCUGCGCAAGUCUCCUCAGUACAGCAUGCCGGGCCGCAAGUUUGCGCCGAUUAACGCCACAGCCACACCAGCACCCGGAGUCUACUGUCCUGAAAAGGUCACCACCGUACAUUCCAAAGCUCCAGCCUUCACCUUCGGACUACGCCACUCGCAGUACACCGUCUGCCCCAUCAUGGACGCGGACAAGUAUCAGCAGUCGUUUUCCUUCCUUUGAACUGAGACUCUGGCUUCUCCUGCUGACAUUUGCAAAGUUCCAGCACACCAGGACGUUUGAGGCUGGUGGACGAUCUUCCAGCACCUUCUUAAACUGUGACUCUUCACUUUGCUCAAUGGUGUCGGGACAUUUUUUUUUAUUGUACAAUAUUUUUGAUGGGGGGGGGGGGGAAAAAGUCCUUUUCUAGUUAAAGAACAUACAGUUAAAUGUAUUUGUGCCCUGGUGAAAUUGUCAUUACAUGUUUGUUUCCUUUUUGCUGGAAGUACAACAGUGACAGAAAAUGUGUUUUCAAUUUGCUGUCCUUUGAUUGUCAAUCCUCACACACACAAUCUUGUCAAUUCUGACAAUUAGGACUGUUUCACAAUGGAAAAAAAUCAACGGCAAAUAGUUUUCAUGAAUACUCGGCUGUGUCGUUUCCAGCUAAAAAGCCAA